AUGGAUAGGAAGAACUCUCGAGUUUUGGUAGCUUGUAACCGAUGUAAAGUAAGGAAAAGGAAGUGUGAUGGGGGUAGGCCGUGUUCUAAUUGUAAUAAGGCUUCUUCUGAGUGUGAAUAUGGAAGAAAUUUCCAAUCAGGUGAUCAAGAAACCAUAAAUAAUCUCCUAGACCAAAUAAAAGACUUAACUAAAAUUAACAAGGAAUUACAACAUGAACUUGAAAUGUCUCAAGUAAGUAAACCAAAUAUCAUCGAUGAUACGGUUUUAAGUGAAUCGACGUUUUCGGAGAUCAUUUCCCGGAUUUUAUAUCGAAAUUGUGAUGAAUCUGAAGAAUAUAUUGGAACUUUUGCUGUUAUAACCAUAGUAAAAGCUAUUAGAAAUCUUUUGGGUAAUGAGACUUCUGAAACAGUGGAUAAUCAGAAAUAUGCAAUAAUAAUUGAAGAUUCUCCCAGUGGUGAACAUUCUACUGAUAUCCCUCCUAAAACUGAAGAACUUUUUUUAGAGAAAUAUUUCAGUUUGGCUCAUAAUCGAUGUUAUUUGAUUGAUCAUGUUUGGUUCCAUGAAAUGUUACCUAAGGAACAGAAAACUCCUUGGGAGAAAUUUUGUUUGAAUAUGGCAUUGGGGAUUGGCUGUAGAUUAAAUCAAUUAUUACAUGUGACGACAUAUCCUUCACCAGAACAUUAUUUCCGAAGGGCUUUGAAAGCUUUAACAAAUGCUAAGUUGGACAAUAUGAGACAAAUUCAAAGUUGUUUGUUGAUAGCUAUGUUCAUAAGUAGAAGUUAUCAUAUAUCAUUUUAUGUAUCAUCAUGGGAACUAACAGGUAUGGCCAUAAGGAAAUUGAUCCAAUAUGGAUAUCAUCGGAAACAAACGGUUACUCUUGAAAACUGUUGGCAAUAUGAAGUACAAAAACGAAUCUUUUGGAGUUGUUAUAAUAAUGAUAAGCUUUUAUCGUUAUCCUUGGGGAGACCUUUUGUGUAUUUUGAUAGUUUUGUAGAUAUUCCUUAUCCUAUAAGUAUGGAUAUUUCCAAUAAUCCUACUAAAAGUGAACUUUAUAAUCUUUAUCAAUUACAAUUACAACAAGAGAAAGAUCCCCUUUUCACCGGUCCCAUUUCAUGUUAUACUACGUUCAUCAAUACUUCAAAAAUAAGAUUAAUAGAAAGUAGAAUCCACUUAUUAUUGUAUUCCGUUAAUGGAUCAAUUCCUGUGGGUGAUAAUUUUGAGACUAUCAACAGAGAUUUGGAGAGAUGGUAUUCGGAAUUACCUUUAAGAGAAGAUUUCGAUCAAGUUCUUGAAGGAAGAGAAAGUUAUGAUUUCUUAGAAUUACUGUAUCAUAGAGCUAAGUUGAUUUUGUUAAUACCGAUAAUCAUGAAAACAUCCAUCAACUCUCGUUCAACAUUACUUGACCAAGCAUGUUUGUCAGCUGGUAGGAUAUGUAUCAGUUAUAAGCUUCUAUACAAAGAUUCUAUCUUAGAGUUUAGUAUUGUUGCUUUACAUACGGUUUUUUUGGCAGGAAUAACUUUGGUCUUCUAUUUGAAGAACAAAGGAGAGCCUAGAUUUAUCAAUAUCCAUAAUGAUAUAAGAGCCUGUUCAAGUCUUUUGUUUGUAUUUUCUGAACGAUGGAUUGAAGCUAAAGUUUAUAGAGAUUUAUUUGAAAACUUAUUGGAUGAUAGUGUGAACAAGAACAUAGAUUAUAUUACAUUAACCAGUACAUCUAUGGAAAAUAAUCAUGGAUCCUUUGAUAUCAAUGAAGAUUUCUGGGAUCAGAUUAUGAAUAAUUUAGGGGGAUGA